UAUGGAUCCUGCUAGGUGUAUAUAUAAUGAUGAUGUGCCGAAAUCUUUAGUAGAUGUUAGGAAAUACGUACAAGAAAAGUUGAUGUCGCAAAACAAAGUUUGCUACUUACUACCACUUGUUCAUGCAGAACAUUGGCAAUUAUUUGUCUUGUGUCCAAGAGAGAAUACUGUGGUCUUCUUUUGUUCACUUAAUUGGGAUGUUGAUAAAAACACGAAGAAAAUUAUUUCAACUGCUUUUGAGGUUCAUCAAAUUUCAAAUGGCAAUAGAAAAAAGGCUAUUACAUGGCUUAAGCCCGAUUCAAGGAAACAACAUAACAAUACUGAUUGUGGAUACUAUGUGAUGAAAAAUAUGUUGGAUAUUGUCUCUGCCAAUAUAACUGAAUCUUGGAUGCAGGUAUUUAAUGAUCCUACAGAAUUGACACAAGAAGAUUUGUAUGAUUUGCGACUCCGUUGGGCAAAAUGUUUCUUUGAGUUAUAUAAAGGAUAACUUUAUGUUUCUCGUGGAUGCGUGUUGGUUUUUCAAGUGCGCGAAAGUACUUUAUGUUUCUUUGAGAUAAUUAUCUUGUAGUAGAAA